AACCCUGAAAAUCCCGCUCUGAGCUUUGCUGAAUUACUUCUCUGUGUGUCUCUCUACCUCUGGGCGUAGCUCCGGCGAAGUUUUCCGUCAACCGGCAUCGAAUAGCGCGGAGAACAUGAGCAGCUGGAGGAGCCUCCUCCUGCGCAUCGGUGACAAGUGCCCCGAGUACAACAGCUCCGAUCCUAAGGAACACAUCGAGACUUGCUUCGCUGCGCUUCGGCGAGAGCUUGAGCAUUCACCAGAUGAACUUUUGGCGUUCCUUCUGCAAUGUGCGGAGCAAUUGCCUCACAAGAUUCCUCUAUACGGUACAGUGGUCGGGCUCUUGAAUUUGGAAAACGAGGAGUUUGUUAAGAAAUUAGUGGAGACAACUCAGACAAAUUUUCAGGAUGCAUUAGAUUCUGGAAAUUGCGACAGGAUUCGUAUUUUGAUGCGGUUUCUGACUGUAUUGAUGUGCAGUAAAGUAUUACAACCAAGUUCGCUGGUAGUGGUUUUCGAAUCAUUACUAUCCUCAGCGGCUACUACUGUGGAUGAGGAGAAAGGAAAUCCCUCUUGGCAGGCACAAGCUGACUUCUACAUAAGAUGUAUUUUAUCUUGUCUCCCAUGGGGAGGAGCUGAACUUCUGGAGCAAGUUCCAGAGGAAAUUGAGAGAGUCAUGGUUGGCAUAGAAGCCUAUAUGAGCAUCAGAAAACAUGUAUCAGAUGAAGGUUUAUGCUUUUUCGAGGCUGAGGAUGAAAAUGAGGAAGCACUUAAGGAGAAAGAUUUCCUGGAAGAUUUGUGGGAUCGCAUUCAAAUACUCUCCAGUAAUGGAUGGAAACUUGAGAGCGUUCCAAGACCUCACCUUUCAUUUGAGGCUCAGCUGGUCGCUGGAAAGUCCCAUGAAAUCAACCCUCUUGCCACGUCUUCACAACCCAAUCUGCCUUCUUCAACACUUUCAGAGGCCAAUUACGGGAAACAAAAGCAUGAAGCAGAAUUGAGAUAUCCUCAAAGAAUACGGAGGCUUAAUAUAUUUCCACCAAAUAAAGCUGAGGAUCUUCAACCAAUAGAUCGGUUCAUUGUGGAAGAGUAUCUGUUGGACGUGCUAUUCUACUUUAAUGGAUGUCGAAAGGAAUGUGCUUCUUUCAUGGUUGGUCUGCCUGUCCCCUUCAGAUAUGAGUAUAUCAUGGCAGAGACAAUAUUCUCUCAGUUACUCUUGCUACCUCAUCCCCCAUUUAAGCCAAUGUAUUACACUCUGGUCAUAAUUGACCUAUGUAAGGCUCUUCCUGGAGCCUUCCCUGCAGUUGUAGCUGGUGCAGUUCGUGCUUUAUUUGACAGGAUUGCCGAUUUGGAUAUGGAAUGCCGGACACGACUCAUUCUUUGGUUUUCUCACCACCUAUCCAACUUCCAGUUUAUCUGGCCAUGGGAGGAGUGGGCUUUUGUUCUAGACCUUCCCAAGUGGGCUCCCCAGCGAGUCUUUGUCCAGGAGGUGUUGGAGAGGGAGAUUCGCUUAUCAUAUUGGGAAAAAAUUAAGCAGAGUGUUGAGAAUGCCCCAGGCCUGGAAGAGUUGCUUCCUCCCAAGGGUAGCCCGAACUUCAAGUACAGCACGGAUGGAGAGAGUGAAAAGACUGAAGAGCAUUCACUUUCUGCAGAACUCUGCAAAAUGGUGAAAGCCCGGCAAACUUCCCGCGAAAUAAUUUCUUGGGUUGAAAAUACUGUCUAUCCCACUCAUAAUUUGGAGAUCACUCUUAGAGUGGUCUUACAGACGCUAUUAGACAUUGGAUCCAAAAGUUUCACUCAUCUGAUAACAAUUUUAGAGAGAUAUGGGCAAGUCAUCGCGAAGAUUUGUCCCGACGAGGAUAGGCAAGUGUUUCUAAUAGAGGAAAUCUGUUCCUAUUGGAAGAAUCACGCCCAAAUGACAGCCAUUGCCAUUGAUCGAAUGAUGGGUUACCGGCUUAUAUCAAAUUUGGCCAUUGUGAGAUGGGUGUUCUCUCCUGUUAAUCUCGACCAAUUUCAUACAACAGAUCGUCCGUGGGAGAUACUUAGAAAUGCAAUCAGCAAGACAUAUAAUCGCAUCACCGACCUCAGGAAGGAGAUAUCGUCUCUUAACACGAGUCUUGUGUCGGCCGAAGAAGCUGCUGCGAAGGCAAAAGCGGAGUUGGAGGCUUCUGAGUCGAAGCUCAUGUUAGUUGAUGGUGAACCUGCCCUUGGCGAGAACCCGGUUAGAAUGAAGCGUUUGAAAUCAUAUGCUGAGAAAACAAAGGAGAAGGAAGAGUCCAUUCGUGAGAGUUUAGAGGUCAAGGGGGCCCUGCUUGCUCGAGCGCUCGCUGAAAACGAGGCCUUGUUCCUAACUUUAUAUAAAAAGUUCUCAAGUGUGCUGAUGGAUCGCCUUCCUGACCCGUCGAAAGCCGGAAAAUUGAGGGACCUGAAAUCCAUUCAUGCAACUGAAGAAAUGGCUGUCGAAACUGAAGAGUCAUCGACCAUGGAGAUGGACGAUGAGAGUGGAAAAGCCAAGAAAAGUCAAACGAAUGGUGGGAACGCAAGCACCAGCUAUAAUGUUGGCGAAAAGGAGCAGUGGUGUUUGUCUACUUUGGGCUAUGUGAAGGCCUUCUCGAGGGAAUAUGCUUCUGAGAUAUGGCCACUUGUUGAGAAGAUCGAUGCAGAGGUCUUGACGGACAAUGCCCACCCACUUUUCCGACUAGCAGUUUAUUCUGGUCUAGGUCAUCCUCUAAAUGGAUAUUGAUCCGAUCAAUUUUUCCUUUUAAUAUAACAGACGUGGUUGUAACUCUAGUGCUUUUCCUCUCUUGUAGCUUUAACUUAUCCUUUAGAUUGUGUAAAUGAGAGAAUUUAAAGACCGAGAAAAAGGCGAAAUAUGAGCUUCAAACCAAGUAUUAUCCCGUAUGGCUAUGUACCGUCUCUUGUC